CACGCUGUCCUUUGCACCUGGGGCACCUCCCUCUCCCUCUGCUGCACAGGAAGCCUCUCCAGCCCCCAAAGCGAAGCUGCAGAGGUCUGCUGCCACGUGCAUGAGUGGAAAGCAGAGGAGAGGCCAAAGCCCAGCGUGCCCGUGGCAUCUGAUUCCCCAGCAUCCUGCCUUCAUCUGACCCGGGUGAGAGAUAGGAUGGUAGCCGGGGAGGCGAGUAUGCGCAGCCCAAUCCUGGCCUGCUGGCAGCCGAUUCUCCUCCUGAUGCUGGGAUCCAUCCUGUCCGGCUCUGCCACGGGCUGCCCGCCACGCUGCGAGUGCUCUGCCCAGGAGCGUGCUGUCCUGUGCCACAGGAAGCGAUUCAUGGUUGUGCCAGAGGGGAUCCCCACCGAGACCAGGCUGCUGGACUUGGGCAAGAACCGCAUCAAGACACUCAACCAGGAUGAAUUUGCCAACUACCCUCACCUGGAGGAGCUGGAACUAAACGAGAACAUUAUCAGUGCCAUUGAACCUGGGGCUUUCAACAACCUCUUCAACCUCAGGACGCUGGGGCUCAGGAGUAACAGACUCAAGCUGAUCCCCUUGGGGGUGUUUACCGGACUCAGCAACCUUACCAAGCUAGACAUUAGUGAGAACAAAAUUGUGAUCCUCCUCGACUACAUGUUCCAGGACUUGUACAACUUGAAGUCUUUGGAGGUGGGGGACAAUGACCUUGUCUACAUCUCCCACCGGGCCUUCAGCGGCCUCAACAGCCUGGAGCAGCUGACUCUGGAGAAAUGCAACCUGACCUCCAUCCCCACGGAGGCCCUGUCUCACCUUCACGGCUUAAUCGUGCUGCGGCUGCGCCAUCUGAACAUCAACACCAUCCGGGAUUACUCAUUCAAGAGGCUGUACCGGCUCAAGGUCCUCGAGAUCUCGCACUGGCCCUACCUGGAUACUAUGACGUCCAACUGCCUCUACGGGUUGAACCUGACCUCCUUGUCCAUCACCCACUGCAACCUGACAUCCAUCCCGUAUGUGUCAGUGAGGCACCUGGUUUACCUCCGCUUCCUGAACCUCUCCUACAACCCCAUUGUCACCAUCGAGGGCUCCAUGCUCCAUGACCUGCUCAGACUGCAGGAGAUCCAGCUGGUGGGAGGGCAGCUCACCACAGUCGAGCCUUUCGCCUUCCGAGGCCUCAAUUAUCUGCGCAUCCUGAACGUGUCGGGGAAUUUGCUGACCACCCUGGAGGAGUCGGCCUUCCACUCGGUGGGCAACCUGGAGACGCUCAUCCUGGACAACAACCCAUUAGCCUGUGACUGUCGGCUGCUCUGGGUUUUCCGGCGGCGAUGGAGGUUGAACUUCAACAAGCAGCAGCCCACCUGCUCUACCCCUGAGUUCGUCCAGGGUAAGGAGUUCAAAGACUUCCCCGACAUCCUCCUGCCCAACUACUUCACCUGCCGCCGAGCACGGAUACGGGACCGCAAACCUCAGCAGAUCUUCGUGGACGAAGGCCACACGGUCCAUUUUGUCUGCCGGGCGGACGGGGACCCACCCCCCACCAUCAUGUGGCUCUCUCCCCGGAAGCACCUCAUCUCUACCAAAACCAACGGGCGCCUCACUGUCUUCCCGGAUGGCACGCUGGAGGUGCGCUACGCCCAGAUCCAGGACAAUGGCACCUACCUAUGCAUCGCCAGCAACGCGGGUGGCAACGACACCAUGCUGGCCCACCUGCACGUGCGCAGCUACUCCCCAGACUGGCCCCACCAGCCCAACAAGACCUUUGCGUUCAUCUCCAACCAGCCCAACGAGAGCGAUGCCAACAGCACACGCGCCACCGUGCCUUUCCCUUUUGACAUCAAGACUCUCAUCAUCGCCACCACCAUGGGCUUCAUUUCCUUCCUGGGCGUCGUGCUCUUCUGUCUGGUGCUCCUCUUCCUGUGGAGCCGGGGGAAAGGCAACACCAAGCACAACAUUGAGAUCGAGUACGUGCCGCGCAAGUCCGAUGCGGGCAUCAGCUCUGCCGACGCACCGCGCAAGUUCAACAUGAAAAUGAUUUAACCAGGCAACAAUUUGCAAAUAAUAAUGGUGAUUUUGGUGGUUGUUUGGUUUUUUUUUGUUUUGUUUUUUUUUUUUUAAAAAACAAAUGAACAAAUAAAAAAUAAUUAAAAAACAAACAUUGCUACAAACAUACCGACCUCUCUUCUCCCACCACACCCUCUGCCCCUGUCCAAACCCACUGCACCUGCACCGUCACCACCUCUUUCUCCUCUUCUUCUUUAUACCAGGAAAACAUUCAGCCAAUGUCUUCAGGACUCCUGUGUUUGUAAGGACUUUGUCUGAUGGACACUGGUGUCAGAUAUAACUCU